AUGUACCCGCCACAGACCAUUAUCUUCCAAUGCACCGAUGUACGAGCAUUCUGGGACUUCAACGUCAAGGCAACCUGCUGGGAUGUUGAUACGAUCAAGGGCCUUUCCUAUGCGAACUCUUCGAUGAACAUCCUUACCGACCUUCUCUUUGGGAUCGCUAUCCCGGCGCCUAUGCUUUGGGGGCUUAACGUCCCACGAAGGGUUCGAAUAUCCCUCAUGAUGGUCCUCGGUCUGGGAGUAUUUGCAUGUGCAGCAGCUUGCGCCAAAGUCUACUACAUCGUCACAAGUUAUGGAAGGGCCUUUGAUCCGACUUGGGACUCGCGAGAUAUUCAGAUGUGGACCAUCAUCGAGGCUAAUGUUGGAAUCAUAGCUGGAAGUCUACCAACUCUACGACCCCUCUUCAAGGACUUCCUGGGUAGCAUCUACGGAAAGGGAUCCAAGGCGCCAACAGCUGGAGCAUACUAUGGCCGUGGUACGCUACGCAGUGGCAGCAACUGGCAGACUCUGUCAAACACCCAAUGGCCGGUCAAGCCAGGUGAAGAGAGAGAUGAAAAGUUUUCUAGGAGCCACAUGGACCGAACGGGGAACGAUUACGAGUUGGAGACAUACGCCACUCGGCCUGUGGGAACCACGACUGUCGCGGCUGGGACUGGGGGCGACGACAGCGACAUAAGUGAGGACAAGGUUGAGCUGCGGGACAGCUUGACCGAUGGGCGGGGUAUUAAAAAGACUACUGUGACUACAGCCAUGUACUCUAGCUCUCCUUAA